AUGGCGGCGCCCGGCGGGGCGGGCGCGGCGCCGAUGGCGAUCCCGAUGCCGGGCCCCAUCCUGCUCCCGGAGCCGCCGCCCUUCCCGGCCUGGCUCGCAGCGCGGCUGGACGCGCUGGGGCUGGACCGCGCCGUCUACGGCGCCUACAUCGAGGGGCUGCUGCGGGAGGAGGAGAGCGACGAGGAGCGGCUGGAGGCGCUGCGGGCCGUGCUGGCCGCCUGCCUGGAGGAAGAUCUCUUGAAUGAUGUGUGCAGGGAGGUUGUGGAGAGGUGGUCUGACUCCCAGGUCGUUGAUUCCAAAGAGGAGAAAGAAGAUGAGGUCCAGGCCAUCGCCAGCAUGAUGGAGAAGCAGGCCAGGAUCGUGGUGAAGCCCAAGGAGGUGUCCCAGGAGGAGAAGCAGAGGAAGGCUGCGCUCCUGGCCCAGUACGCCAACGUGACUGAUGAGGAGGAUGGUGGGGAUGAACAGGAUGGAUUGACGACAGCUGUAAAUAUUGGAUCAGAAAAAUCGCUGUUCCGGAACACCAACGUGGAGGAUGUGCUGAACGCCAGGAAGCUGGAGCGGGAGCUGCUGCGGGAUGAGUUCCAGAAGAAGAAAGAGCAGGACAAACUGCAGCGGGAGAAGGACAAGCUGGCCAAGCAGGAGCGGAAGGAGAAGGAGAAGAAACGAACACAGAAAGGCGAGCGGAAGCGGUAGCUGCUGAUUUCCAGUUGGACUCUCAGAGGAUAAAAUUAAUUCUGAAUACGGUGUGUGUUUAAAAAGCAGCAAGAAUUCCAGGCACGUGGAUGGGAGCAGUUCUUGGAAAGUGGUGCCUUUUUUUCUUUUUUUUUGUUUUGUUACAUAGCAGAACAGAAUCUCUGAGCAGCCCCUGGACUCAGUGUGCCCUGUGCUUGUGGUAUCAGUGUUCCAGUCAGUGUUCGUGGCCAGUGUCUGUACCAAAGAAGGGUGAAGUGAUUAUGUCUGUGUUGUUAAAUUGAUCCAUUUUUACUUCUGACCACCUGGGAGCAGAGCAUGGUGUAGGAGCAGCCCCUGCACUGGCCAUGGUUUGAGCUGAGCCUGUCCUGCCACUAGCCAGGACACGCUGCCCUGGGGCACACAUGAAUUCCUUGACACAAGCCUUGAAAAAUGUGUUUGCAAAUUGCUGUGUUUGCACUGCUGAGGCCAACACUCCACCCUGCUCAGGCUGGGCUGCAGAGCAGGACUGGAGCUGAGCUCAGCACGGGGCAGUGCUGGGCUGCAGCAGAGGAGUGACAUGUGUGAAACAGAGGUGAGCUGCAGUGAUGUGACUGCAUCACCUGUGGACUGUGAGUGAGGGAAACACCACCCAGGCAGGAGCAUUGGCCUCAGCAGCAGCAAAUCACACUCCUAAUGCAAUUUUAAUACUCUAGAGAGCUGGAAAAUUGUACUCCCUGAUGUUCUGUGCGUGAACAUGGACUGUUACUUCCAUGGCUGUUGCCAGGGUGAAGUCUGAAGCUGGUUUGGCACAAGCAGGGUGAGCCAGGGAUGCAGUGGGGUCACUGCCCACUGGGCACAGCUGCCUUCAGGAACUGCAGUGCUCCUCCUCCCCACAAAGGGCUCAUCCCUGCUGCUCCAGCCUUUUUGUGAUGGUGUUGCCCUCUGAGGAAGGAGAGAACUAAUCCUGUGAAUGAGGGGGAAGGAGGGGCUGUGGGAGGAAGGGGUGUGCCUGGGCUCUGUGUGCAGCAUGCUCCAGGUGUUUGCUGAGCUGUGCUGAGCUCCAGUGCUCCUGCACUCCCUGGGUGCCCGACCCAGCGCCGCUUUCAGCACGGCUCUGACUGCAGGGCCAGGCCUCCCUCAAGCUGCUGCUGUGUGUGUGUGAGUCUCCAGCUGCUUUGUCUUUGGACUUGACUAUUAAAUCUUGAUUGACGAAAAA